AUGUCUGAAAACAGGGAAGAAAUUCUAGCAAAUUUUCAGGGAAUAACAAACAUAGAAGAUGUUGCUGAAGCAAUAUUCCACUUAGAGGAAUCUAAUUGGGACUUACUUACUGCAAUCAAUCGAGUAAUGCCUCAAGAUGGAAACAGUUCACGUAACUCAAUGUCCCAAAACAGUGACACUCAUGAUGUUGAGAUGAUAGAUGAAGAUAUAUCUGUGAUAACACCAAAAACCCACCCACCAGAUCGGGAAGAAAAUAAUCAAGCAUCAACCUCAUCACCUAGAAAUAGUUCCCCCAAUCUGGUAGAGCUUCAAGUUCAUUGCAAUAAUAAGAUGCAUGAAAUCAAAAUGUCCGGCUCAGCUACAGUUAGUGAUUUAAAGAAACGCUUGGAAAUGGUAUGCGGGGUGCCAGUGUGCCGUCAACAGAUAUCAGGCCUCGGUGGUUCGCGGGCCACGUCAUCCGCAUCACUAUCUAGUCUCGGUCUCCAGAAAAACGCCGUACUACGCCUCAAGCCCGCCGACCAACUCAUGGCUGAUGACGAGGUGGCGGAGAGAUUAACAGCGACGUACACCCUCCGAGUGAAACACGACGAAAAGGAGUACACGUUGAAGUAUCCUGGCACGAAGACAGUUCAAGAAGUGAAGAACGAUAUAUACUCCCUCACCGAUAUACCUGUGCGACAUCAGGUUUGGACAGGCUGGCCUACAGUAACAGGUUUGGACGACACCGUAUUAGCAAUGGUGGGGUUAGACCUGCCACAACACGAACUUACAGUUAAGCGAGCACCGACAAACAAACAGAAAGAAUAUAAAAGGAUAAUAGUAGAGAGUUCAGAUAGUGAAAAUAGUUCGGUAGAGGAAAUAGAGGACGGCGGUGAUGGAUUCACAGCUGAAGACGACAUGUUCGUGGAUCUUGUUCAGUCUGAAAGAUUGCAGCCGUUAAUGUCGGAGCACAUAGACGACGAAGCGUUAGGCUGCAUAGAAUUCGCACAACGUUUCCGCGCGCGAUAUGGCCCUAAUACACCCAACUUCUUCGAAGGGACCCUCCAAGAUGCAAUUAAGGAAUCCUGUUUAAAACCUGCCAAAGAGAGAAAACUACUAGGUGUGUAUCUCCAUCACGAACAGUCGGUGUUGUCCAACGUGUUCUGCGCGCAGCUGCUUGGUUGCGAUACGGUGCUACAGACCCUUGCAGCCAAUUUCGUAGUCUAUGGCUGGGACCUCACGCAUCCAGACAAUAAUAACAUGUUACUAAACUCAAUCGCAAACGCACUCGGUCCUGUAGCAAGUAUGACGAUACGCAGCAUCCCAGUGGACAGAUUGCCAGCUUUAGUCAUUAUUAUGCGCGUUCGGUCCAAUACUGAAAUUUACUCAGUGAUCAACGGGAAUGUAGGUGUCUCGGAACUAGUCGGUGGUUUAGUAGAGGCGAUAGAGCGAUUCGCGGUUCAGAGGGAAGAGGACGCAAGACUAGAGAGAGAAAGAGACGCGCGACAACGUGUUAAACGGGAGCAAGACGAAGCAUAUCAACAGAGUCUUGAAGCCGACAGAGCCAAAGAAGAAAUAAAGAAACAACAAGAAUUAGAAAGAAAUCAAGAGCUCGAGCGAGCGGAAACGGAAAGGCUAAUGGAGGAAGCAAGAAAAGAGGCGCUAAAAGCGGGCGCGGCGGCGCGCGUACCGGCCGAGCCUGGCGCGGAGGAGCGCGGCGAGGUGGCGCGCAUCCGCGUGCGCCUGCCGCCGCCGCACCACGACGCGCUCGAGCGACGUUUCUACGCGACCGACACGCUCGCGCCCGGCGCAGAUGAGCGCGGCGAGGUGGCGCGUAUCCGCCUGCGCCUGCCACUGCCGCACCACGACGCGCUCGAGCGACGCUUCUACGCGACCGACACGCUCGCGGUGAGUCACGUGCACACGUACACACACACGCACGCACCAGCCGACCCCGGCGCGGAGGAGCGCAGUGAGGUGGCGCGCAACCGCAUGCGCCUGCCGCCGCCGCACCACGACGUGCUCGACCGACGCUUCUACGCGACCGACACGCUCGCGGUGAGUCACGUGCACACGUACACACACACGCACGCACCGGCCGACCCCGGCGCGGAGGAGCGCAGCGAGGUGGCGCGCAACCGCAUGCGCCUGCCGCCGCCGCACCACGACGCGCUCGAGCGACGCUUCUACGCGACCGACACGCUCGCGGUGAGUCACGUGCACACGUACACACACACGCACGCACCGGCCGACCCCGGCGCGGAGGAGCGUAGCGAGGUGGCGCGCAACCGCAUGCGCCUGCCGCCGCCGCACCACGACGCGCUCGAGCGACGCUUCUACGCGACCGACACGCUCGCGGUGAGUCACGUGCACACGUACACACACACGCACGCACCGGCCGACCCCGGUGCGGAGGAGCGCGGCGAGGUGGCGCGCAACCGCAUGCGUUUGCCGCUGCCGCACCACGACGCGCUCGAGCGACGCUUCUACGCGACCGACACGCUCGCGAUGAAUCACGCACUAUUAGAUUUCCUCGCAUCCAAAGGAUACCCACAGGAAAAUUACAAGGUCAUCUCUAGCUGGCCUAGGAGAGACUUAACAACAGAAUCGCACAGCAGUACACUGAAGGCUCUCAAACUGUACCCUCAAGAGACAAUCAUGCUGGAGGAGCGGUGA